AUGAAUGAUCUUAUCGUAUCGCUGCAUGCUGAGCAUUCACGAUUCCGACACUCUUGCAGUGUGCUGUUGAGAGGUCUAGUUGAAGAUGAGGACCUAGAAGACCUUUUGGACAAGACUACUAAGGACGAUUGGGAGAAGGCAUUAACUCAAGGGCUAGAGAGGAGCCUCAGAGAUAAGCUUGGGCAUCGCUAUUAUGCAUACACCGAGAUAAUAAAACAGAUCCAGGAGAAGCUUGAAAAGUUGGGUAAAGUAGUAGGCAUGGGCAAGCAACAAAAAUGGUACGAGAAGACGGAAUACGAAAACCAGAAAACAUGGCAUAAGAUCAAGAAAUGCAUAAAACACAGCAAGCAUAAGCAACUACUCGAAGAUAUCGAAAAGUACAACACAAAGCUGGAGCAAAUGACACCGGGGAUAUUGACACAAGCACAAACAGCACCUUCUCAGCCGAAGAAGGCAGAUCUAAGUUACUGGGACUCUAUCAGGCAGGCGGCUAUGAGUCUACACAGCGCCCUUUGUUCAGGAUGGCUCUGUUGCUGUGUGAAUUCUCACCUGACUCAUUUCCAGCUCGAAGAUCGAGCAAUUGGAAAGAAGGGAUCUCAUAGAUUCAAGUUGUCGUUCAAUAUGCCUCAAACAGGCGAUAACGGGCAAGCUGUUGAAAGUGAGGUCUGGAAGAAUGCAGAGUUUGAAGCAGUUGAGAGUGACAAUCUCCCAGGGAAUCUCCCUCGAUCUUCCGGAGGUGUUGCUUUCGCCUCAUUAAGUACAAUUGCUUCACCUAAUCUCAAGGUGGAGAAGCAUAUCAAGGAUCUCUGCAAAGAGCUCACGCAACCUUCCUGCCAGCUUGCAGUUCAUUGCAUAGGAUAUAUACCUCAGGAAGAGCACAAGCAUUACAUUUAUUUUCCGGGGCGACUUCUUGCUUCAGACCGGUCGAGGAACACAAUCACUCUUUACAAUUUGCUCUCGAACAAGGGUCAACUGGGUACGCACUAUACCUUUGGCAGCGCUGUAACCGACAGAUACGAGUUGGCCCUCCUGCUAGCUUCCUCCCUUCUUCAACUACAUGCAACUUCGUGGCUGGGAGACUGGUGGUCCACUGACGAUAUACAUAUCUUGCCAAAGAACUCAAAGAUGUCUUUCAAAGACUGCACCUUCGUCAUGCAGAAUUUCCCCUCGUCUGCCAUCACUAAAGGACCUCAACCUAACAAGACUACUACUCGCCAGAUGGUCAUUCGAAAUGAAGCAAUAUUUCGACUCGGGGCGACUUUGGUUGAACUCUCCACUGUAUCAACACUAGAGGCACAGGAAGAAGUUGACGACCAUAGGAUCACGGAGGAAUUGACGGACUUCAACACUGCGGAGAGACUUUCAAAGGCUGUCGCACUCAACAAUGCACUUGAGUGGAACGCCGUGGUAGACCGAUGUCUACGCUGUGGCUUCCAUUCGCCUCCGGAUUUCACAAGGAAGGACUUCAGAGCAGAGUUUUAUCAAUGCGUUGUAGGACCACUGGAGAAACUAUACAAUGACUCAAUGGUUGACUGA